GACCCUCCCUUUGAAUCUAAGUCUCUCUCUUUCUUUCUCUUUAGUUCUCCUCCUCACUCCCCCUCCCUCCCUCCCUCCCUCCCUCCCUUAACUCCACUACCACAACCUGAAACUCCCUAGCUUUUCUACCUACCUUUCAUUCUUUCUUUGUUCAACGCUUCUUUUCCAUUUCUCUGUCUGUCUGUCUCAUGAGGAAGCUCUGUCCCAACUUCGAUCGAGAAGAUGGGCUCGACACUGUCCUCGAAGUUCCAAUCCCAGAAGAGAUGUUCCCUUCCCACAAGAGCACCUCCUUAUCAUGGCAGAACGUGAAAUCAUGGAUGAAAUCCAACCCCGAGAGAUCAGCAACCUCCAUCUUCGGUGGCCGAAACACGGAGAUCCAGCUCCUUCUCGGAGUCGUCGGAGCUCCGCUGAUCCCUCUUCCCGUCCGUUGCGAUCGCCACCCCAUCAACCAAAGCAUCAAAGACCAUCCCAUUGAGGCUUCAAUGGCGAAAUAUAUAGUUCAGCAAUACAUAGCGGCGGCAGGAGGGGAGACGGCUUUGAACUCUAUAGACAGCAUGUACGCCAUGGGGAAGGUGAGGAUGAUGGCGUCGGAGUUCAGCGCAGGCGAAGUUUGCAAGAAUAAGGCAAUGAAGGUGAAGGGCGUGCGUCAUGGUGGUGGAGAGAUGGGUGGGUUUGUGCUGUGGCAGAAGAGGCCGGAGCUCUGGUGCCUGGAACUAGUUGUCUCUGGUUGCAAGAUCAGUGCCGGCAGUGACGGCGUGGUGGCUUGGAGGCAGACCCCGUGGCACCAUUCCCAUGCCUCCCGUGGUCCACCUAGGCCUCUUCGCCGUGCUUUACAGGGUCUUGACCCAAGAUCCACAGCCAAUUUAUUCUCCAAUUCAGUCUGCAUUGGGGAGAAGACAAUCAAUGAAGAGGACUGCUUCAUACUGAAGCUUGAGACGGAGACAUCAACUCUCAGAGCAAGAAGCAGCAGAAACGUGGAGAUUAUGAGGCACACAGUGUGGGGCUACUUCAGCCAAAGAACUGGCCUCCUGGUGCAGCUGGCGGACACCCACCUCCUCAGAAUUAAAUCAUCGGCAGACGACAGCAUCUUCUGGGAAACCACCAUGGAGUCGCUCAUCCAAGACUACCGAACCAUCGACGGCGUCAACAUCGCUCAUGCAGGCACCACUGCUGUUUCACUGUUCAGGUUCGGGGAGAACUCUGAGAGCCAUUCAAGGACACGCAUGGAGGAGAGGUGGACAAUUGAAGAAGUGGACUUCAACAUAAAGGGGUUGUCCACGGACUGUUUCUUGCCUCCCGGAGACUUGAAGAAAGUGGAUGAAGAAGGGUGCGAUGUUGUCGUGGGGAGCAAUACCAAGUUGCCUUUCAAGAUUCCGGCCGCCUCUUCCAGGGUUAGCGCAGCCAAAGUGGUGGCCAUUGAUGUUGAUGAUUCCUAUAACAUCGACGACGAUGAUGAUGAUGAGCUGUAAAUGCGUUUGAUUUUGAGUUAAAAUUUGUACAUAUAUCAUCACAUUAUAUAAAUAUAUUCAGUUUAGCUGUAAUCAAGUCAACUUCCAAGUUGAGUAAUUUGGGAAAUCCUACACUCCUCCGUGACUUUUAGGGGAGGAGACGAAAAAGUGGAAGGAGGAUAAAAUUUUCUUCUAAUAAAAGAACAAACCAGAUCAUGUAUCUAUUUCUUUUUCC